UUUACCAAUUCCUUCCUUCCUUCCUUCAAACCCUAUAUAACCAAUCGCUUCGCCGCCUCUCCUCUUCACCUCCUUUAUCCCCUUUAUAUAUUCAAACCCUACUCUUCCUUUUCCAACUGCUCAACUUUUCCUGUUCCUUCAAAUAUUAUUUGCUUCGUUCAAUAGGUUGCUGGCAUCUUAUCUUUGUGGGGUUUCAAGUUGUAGUGUCCAAGUUGAAGCUUCUUUUAUGUCCAAACAAGCCAUACUCUAUUUGGGAUCUGUUGGAUUGCUUGGAGAAUAUUGUCCUACUUUAAGAAGAAGUAGCAGUCAUAUAUCUGAUCGGGUAGACUGUAUGCAUCUCGACUCGUUUUCGGAAGGACACUUAGAGUUUUGUGGUUGCAGUCAGACGCAACCUUCUCUCAACAAAUUUUGGGCCAAAGGAUCCUCUGAAAACCCCUAACGCUUUGUUUAGGAAAUUUCACUGAAUCAAAAUGGCUUUGCAGAAUAUUGGAGCUGCCAACAGUGAUGAUGCCUUCUACAGGUACAAGAUGCCGAGGAUGAUUACCAAGAUAGAGGGACGCGGAAAUGGCAUCAAGACAAACGUGGUCAACAUGGUCGACAUUGCCAAAGCUCUAGCAAGGCCAGCAUCUUACACCACAAAAUUUUUUGGUUGUGAGCUUGGGGCUCAAUCAAAGUUUGACGAAAAAACAGGAACUUCCCUUGUCAAUGGAGCUCAUGAUACUGCCAAGCUUGCUGGUCUUCUUGAGAAUUUCAUUAAGAAAUUCGUUCAGUGCUAUGGGUGUGGAAACCCUGAAACUGAGAUCAUUAUCACUAAAAAAGAGAUGAUCCAACUGAAGUGUGCUGCAUGUGGUUUUAUUUCUGAUGUAGACAUGAGAGACAAGCUGACAACGUUUAUUCUUAAGAACCCACCUGAGUCUAAGAAAGGUGCCAAGGACAAGAAAGCAAUGAGAAGAGCUGAAAAGGAGCGAUUAAAGGAAGGCGAGGUUGCUGAUGAAGAGCUGAAGAAGCUGAAGAAAGAAACAAAGAAAAAGGUUUCUUCCAAGGAAGCCAAUGCAAAACCUAGCUCCAAAAAGAAAGCCAGUGGCUCUGAUGAGGAUCAUGCUUCCCCACCCAGAAGCCAUGUGAAUGUGGAAGAGGAGGAUGAAGAAGAAGAUGAUGUUCAGUGGCAAACUGAUACAUCAAUGGAAGCUGCGCACCAGCGCAUCCAGGAACAGUUGAGUGCUGUGACAGCUGAAAUGGUUAUGCUCUCCACAAAUGAGCCAGAGAAGAAACCCAAGGCAGCUACUCAAGCACGCCAAAGUUCCAAGGCUGUUUCAGCGCCAUCUGAGGAUGAUUCCAAAGCUGAGAAUGGAGAGAGAAGCUCUAAGACAUUUGUUGAGGAAGUGAAAGUACAUCUGAAGAAGGGAGUCACGGCCAGCCAAUUUCGAUCCUUCUUGGGUUCACUCGCUGGAUCUCCUCAGGACAUAGUUACUGCUGUCUAUGAGGCACUGUUGGAUGGUGUUGAGAAAGGAUUUGCCAAGGAGGUUAUUAAGAAGAAAGGUUUCCUUCUCGCUGCUGUUGGUCAACAGGAGGGGUCACAACUAUGUUUGCUCCGAGCACUUGAAGAAUUCUGUGGGAAAUCUAACACAGCAGCUGUGAAAGAAGUAGCUCUAGUUUUGAAAGCUUUGUAUGAUGCUGAUGUAUUGGAGGAGGAAUUUAUAGUGCAGUGGUUUCAAGAGGGUCUUGCUGGGGAUAAAAAGGACUCCAAAAUUUGGAAGAAUGUUAAACCCUUUGUUGAUUGGCUGCAGAGUGCCGAGUCGGAGUCCGAGGAGGAAUGAGAUCACAAUUCUCAUCCUUGUUUAGAUUGUGUUCUCUGCAGGCUUAUGUUCUGGCAUCUUUUAUCCGUAUGGUGCUUUGCCAGAGAGACUAUUACUAGUUUGGAUUUCAUGUGUUCUCCUUUAUUUAUUGUUUUGCCUGGGUCUGUGUUUCUAAUUUCGUGGUACUUCUGUCGUGUGAUGCAUUUGCUUUCUUUUCAACGUUUUAAGGUGGAAAGGUGUACUAUGCAGAAUAUGCUAGCUACUUAUUCUUGUUGAGGAGGAUGAAUAAUUUUUUUUGAGUUUAAAUGCUUAUUCACGUAAAGUAGUAACUUUCCCGUGGUUCAGUGAUGAGGUUGUAAGCAAAUAUUUUUGUGGUGGUAUUUCAUUAAA